UCAAUGCUUAUAGCUUGAGGAUCAAUAAUAUAAUGCAACCAACCUCUAUAAACGACGCGUUGCUUGCCGUUUGAGGAUUUUAGUUUCCCUUGCCUUGCUUGUUCUAGCUAGCUAGCUAUCAUGGUUGCGAUCAUGCACGUCGGCACCGUCUCACCGUCCGCCGUGCUCACCGUCGCGGCGUUCGCGCUGCUCAUGGUCAACUCGUGCGUGGCCACGCACCGCGCGCUCGGCCGCGGCGACGACUCGGCGGCUCUGUUCGUCGCGGCCGCUACCGUCCUCCUGGCCGCGCUCCUCGCCACGGUCCGGGCGCACGACGACGAGGCUGUCAGGCGCCGACGCGGGCCGCUGAAGGCCUUGGCGUGGGCGCUGUCCGCGGCGCUGACUGGCAUGUUCGCGCACCGUGUCGGAGCGCUUGCGCCGGCCCCGCCCGUGGCCGCCCUGGUCUGGAGCAUGGCCGCGGCCACGGUGGCCGGCGGGUUCUACUGCGUCUUCGUGCACGGCGAAGGAUACGCCGUGUAUCGUCGAGCUGAUGCUGUCGGGGCCCUGGAUGUCCGCCAAGAAGCGCAAGUCGGCGAUAUACGCCAAGAGCUGCACGAAGGAUUAAAAAUAGUGAACGUCGAUUGAUUCCGCAGAUCAAUAUGCAUAUGAAAAAGUAAUAGCACCAGUACUGUACUUCACGUCUCUAUGUAAUUUGAGCACUUAUUUGCUUAUUCGAUCAUACAUCUGUCAUACAACACAAUUGUAAUAACGAAUCAGGUUAUUACACGGUACAAUGCAGUUCGGAAUAUGGUUUCUAUUAUUACAAAAACUGUAUUUUAGUGUAAAAUACCU